AUGAGACUCCGCCCCGCCCCGGCCAUAAAGAGCCGAGGCAGUGCGGGGCAGCGGGCACACGCGCGGAUACCUCGAGUCACCGCAUCUGCUUCGCUCCACAGGAGUCUACGGCAACGUCAGAGCCAAGAUGGGGCGGAAGGAGAUCAUCUGCAGCUGGAAGAAAAAUGUCAGCAACAUCAAGGAUGUGUUCGAUUUCAAAGGAAAAAUGGGAUCGGGGUCGUUCUCGGAGGUUUACAUGGUGAGAGAGAAGAAAACAGGUCAGCUUUACGCCCUGAAGUGUCUGAAGAAAAAGCACCUCACUCACAGCAAUCUGGAAAAUGAAAUCAACGUGCUGAAGAGGAUAAAACAUGAUAACGUUGUAGGAUUGGAGGACUUUUAUGAAAGCCGAACACAUUACUACCUUGUCAUGCAACUGGUGUCCGGCGGCGAACUGUUUGAUCGCAUUUUAGACAAAGGGGUUUACACUGAGAAGGAUGCCAGCAAAGUGGUCAAACAGGUGCUGGAGGCUGUCAGCUAUCUUCAUAAAAACAGCAUAGUGCACAGAGAUCUGAAGCCUGAGAACCUGCUGUACUACAACAUGGAUGAGAAUGCUAAGAUCAUGGUCAGUGACUUUGGUCUGUCUAAGACACUUGAGCAUGGAGUCAUGUCUACAGCCUGUGGUACUCCAGGUUAUGUUGCUCCUGAAGUUUUGGCUCAGAAGCCCUACAGCAAAGCAGUGGACUGCUGGUCCAUUGGAGUUAUCACAUACAUCCUACUCUGUGGCUACCCUCCGUUCUUCGAAGAAAACGAGACUCGUCUGUUUUCAAAGAUCAUGAGGGCUGAGUAUGCCUUCCAUUCACCUUUCUGGGAUGACAUCUCUGAGUCAGCCAAAGACUUCAUUCGGAACAUGAUGGAAAAAAACCCCACGAAACGCUUCACUACUGAACAAGCACUCCGGCAUUCAUGGAUUGCUGAAAACACAGCCAAAGACCUGGACAUUUAUCAGUCUGUCUGUGAACAGAUGGGGAGAAACUUUGCCAAAUCCAAAUGGAAGCAAGCCUUCAAUGCAGCUUCAGUAAUCCACCACAUGAUGAAACUGCAGCUGCCCCACAGCGAGUCCUUCCCCUCGCCCCUCUCUCUGCCCAACAUCGUAGUGGAGUCUUCCUCUCAUUCCGACUCUGAGCUGCCCAAUCCCUGCUGCGAUAAGGGGGACCCCCUUGAUCCUAACGGGAACCCUAUUGUGAUGGCGAGUCAUUCACAGAGCGCUAACGCAGAGUCAGGCAGAGAGAUGUGUCCGCUCCUCAGAUCCAGUCACAGCGAACCUGGCAGCACGGCUACCGUCAUGGCAGAUCCAAGAGGCGCCGCCCACAGCUUCCAUUCGGAAGGGGACACUCAUUUCAGGCCGUCUCCCAGCUUGGAUGUUGUAGGUCAGAGGAAGGACCAGCCGCUUCAGUCUGGAGUCUGUACAAUCAUGUGAUGAACAGAGUCCCCUCUGAAGUUGACCUGAGUCGUUGACCCUCACAGGCCUGCUGCUGAACUCCAUCACUCUGUUUGCUGCAGAUAACAGGCCCAUUGGAGUUUGUUCUACAACUUCAGAUUCAGAGACAGUAUACACACAUUAAAUGUUUAAAACUUAAUUACUUCAAUAACAUGUUCAAAGAUAGACACAGGUUGAAAAUUAUUAUUCAUUGAUAAUGAAGCCCAGUAUGUAACAAAACUGUGCUUGUCAUAUAUAGACAUAGAUCAUUUAAAUAAUGUCCUAUAUUUAUUUACCACUGAUAUUUGAAUUCGGUUGGAAUUGGGAUGGGAUUACGAUGUAUUAACUUCAAAGUCUUGUCAUUUGUGAUCCGUUUGUGUCUAUUGUGUCUCUGCAUAUUUGCUCUGCUUGUCUACUGUAUUUCUAUCAUUGCCAGGAAUCCAAUGAAGGCCACUGAAGAGUUCAAACUUGUUUUUGUCCUCUACUCUGAGCCAGUCGUUUGCCAUUUCACACAUGAUCCCACUAUAUUAAGUGAUCUCAUUUGUCACACAUUUCACCACUGGAUAUGUCAGUGUAUGAAAAUACAGCUAUGAGUGACAGUUUGAAUGAGCUUAUGGUAAAUCACCGAGGCUCAGGCGGUCUUCAAAAAUGCUUAGGUUUCUGGACAUGUAUGUUUUGGAUAUUGACAGUGUUUUGGGCCUGCUGUGUGUUACUGCUCAUGCUGAAUCACGCUGACGCGGAUGUUAGUAAAACUUUGCCACAGCAUCACUGAAUCCCAUCAGAAGGCUGUUUGCUGUGCUUUUCUCUCAUAUGUCUGUAAGCUGCUCUCAUAACUAAAGUGAUAAAGUGCCACAAGCUGGUGAAAAGAUGCUGUCAACACUAGAGAUGCACCGAUAACAGAAUCUGUGGUCGAUUUCAGUCUUUUUUUUCUAAAGGUUUGAUCUGCCAAUAAAGACUUUAACACAUCAGGAUCUUUUAGAAGCCAUAACUAAAAGUUAAAUAUUUGAGUCCAGCCUUUGCGCCACACAUUUUCAUUUACCUUUAGUGACCUGAGUAUAGUAUCUCACAUCAGACAUAUGCUGCCUCUUGGCUUAGACUCCCUUGAAAUUCUUUAAUAUCAAUGUUUUUUUUAAUAUCCUGGUAAAGUAAAAGUUAAAUGAAAACCAAAAUUAAAAGUAUAUUUGACCUGGUUAGUACUUUAGACAUAAACCUCUGUGUUUCUUCUGGAGAAUCCAGAUCAUAAGUUGUACCAAACGGUGGACAACAUUUCCAAAUCCAGAAUGUUCUCAUUCUAGGAUAAAGGCUCAAAAGUCUUCAACAGAGCAAGGUGGCUGUUAUGCUCAGCCUUUGCCUCAACUAGCAUCUUUACAAGUUUGAAAAUAAGUUCCCAUCGGAGGGUGUGAUUUGAUUCUCGUUUCACACCAGAAAAGAAAACUCCAGUAUGAUAUGCAAAUCCAGGUAUUUUCGAAACGUCUCAUUGAUACUGAAAAUGGCUGACGUUGAAUUUUCUUCUUCGUAAGAACGUCUGCAUCACAAAGUGUUGGUGGCGCUUUCUGGAUAGAAAUAGAUCAGAUCUUAUUGUUGCUGAAUGGCUUUUCAACGUUCAGUAAUUUGUAACGAAUCGUCUUCUCCGACCAGCCGCCCAUUUCUCGGUGCAUCUCUAGUCGACACUAGUGAUGCCAUGUAAGACUGUAUUUCCAUAUAGAGUACAGUGCAUUUUUGUAUUGUUUUCACAUUAAAUAUAUGGUGACUGUU